AGCAGGCUGCUGGGUUCGAUGGCCUGGUGGUCCGCAGAUGCCCUCUGCCCUUACCAGCACCCGGAUAGCAUAGGCCUUUGCUCCAUCCCACACACCAAGGAUAUUUUUUUCUUCUCCGCAGCAGCACCUUCCUGAGAGACCAUGACCGUUUCGGCCUGGUCCAUAUCCAGCAUGUCGGCCCCCCAGAAGAUAAAUACUUCCCGGAGCGGUCCUCGAGCAGGCAGCCCAACUCUCGAACAGCAACCUUUCUCCCAUCCCUCGCCUUUGUCAGCUCCCAGCGGGAGAUUCGGCGCUCUCGCGUCAGCGGUGCCUCCUACAUCGAUAGCCACCCUCAUUCCUUUCCCUGUUCUCCUCCUCCAUAGCUGGCCACCAUGUCGACCCCCAGCACCCCUGAUGGGGCGGACGAGCCCAAAGACUCCCGUGCCAACCCCGACCUGGAGGCGGACGAGGAGGCUGUCCGGAGUACGGCGCGAUCCCAGCGCAUCACCUUCGAGGGCCCGCACCAGCCGGAGGGCACGCGCUCCAUCUACGCCCCAGGCGACCUGCGUUCUCGCAGUCGCGAUACCAUCCACAGCGCCCGCAGUGGCCGGAGCCUGCGCAGCAUCCCCCAGUCCCCCGCCGCAACAGGUAUCCCCAUCGAGUUCCGUACCAUCUCCUUUCAGAUCUCCGAGUCGCAGGCCGCCCCGGAGGAAGUCCUCAAGGCCCGCGAGAAGGAGAAGAAGCCGGACCAGGAUUACUUCGAGAGCCUGGACUUCCACGUGCUCGACGCCGACCGGCUGUGCCAGCAGUUCAACGUCGACGCCAAUCGAGGACUGAGCGGGGAGGCCGCGGCGACGCGUCUGCAGCGUGACGGGAAAAACAUCAUCGCACAGCACAGCGAGAACUACCUGAAGAAAAUCCUGGGCUAUGUCUUCGGCGGGUUUUGCUCGGUGCUGUGGAUCGGCGUCAUCGUCUUCUUCCUCUGCUGGCGACCCCUGAGCAACCCGCCCUCCGUCACCAAUCUGGCCAUGGCCAUCCUGGUGAUCAUCGUCAUCAUCCUGCAGGCCUCCUUCUCAGCCUUCCAGGACUGGUCCACGUCGCGCGUGAUGAAGUCCAUCCUGGGCCUACUGCCUGCGGACGCCAUGGUGCUGCGCGACGGCGCGUUGAUCAAACUACCGGCAACGGACCUGGUGUCGGGAGAUAUCGUGCACAUCUCUAUCGGCAACAAGGUGCCGGCAGACAUGCGGAUUAUCAAGAGCUCCGGCGAUGUGCGCUUUGAUCGGUCCAUCCUGACGGGCGAGUCCGACGAGGUCGAGGGUGCCACCGACGCCACGGAUCAGAACUUCCUCGAGACGCGGAAUAUCGCUUUCAUGGGCACCAACGUCACGAACGGCAAUGCUGUCGGCGUGGUCGUCCUGACGGGCAGUCGGUCGGUCAUGGGCCGGCUGGCGUCGAUCACGGCGGGCGUGAAGGAAAAGCCCACGUUGAUCCAGAAGGAGAUCAAUCGCUUCGUGGUGAUCGUCGUGGUGUUGACCGUGCUGCUCGCGGCGCUCAUCCUGCUCACCUGGGUGGGCUGGCUGCGGGUCGACCACCCGCAGUUCAUGAACGUGGUGGAUAUGCUGAACGACGUGAUGGGCUGCGUGGUGGCCUUCAUCCCCGAGGGCAUGCCCGUGGCCGUGGCCCUGACGCUGAUGAUCGUGGCCAAGCGGAUGAAGGCCCACAACAUCCUGCCCAAAGGACUGGCCACGGUCGAGACUCUUGGCUGCGUCAAUGUCAUCUGCUCGGACAAGACGGGCACACUGACCCAGAACAAGAUGUCCGUGCAGUCGGUCGGACUAGUCGACCAGGAGUUCGGGGUGGAGGAUCUGGUGAAUGCGCAGCAGAAAGCCGUUCCGCUGCCGGUGCCCCUCGAGCCGCUGUUGCGAGGGUCGCGGUUGUGCAACGACGCGUUCUUCGACCAGGAGACGAUGCACUUGCCCAUCCCCGAGCGGAACGUCAACGGCAAUGCCACGGACGCGGCGGUACUUCGGCUGGCCGAAAUGCUGCAACCGGGGGAGCGCGACGAUGAGCGCAUCCACCAGAUCCCCUUCAACUCGAAGAACAAAUGGAUGCUCACGGUGCACGAGAACCCGGGGUCCUCCAGCCCGUGUCUGAUCUAUGUCAAGGGCGCCCCGGACGUGCUGCUGCCCAAGUGCAUCUCGUACUGGUCCCGCGACGGCGUGACCAAGCCGCUGGAUGCGACAGCCAAGGAGAUGUUCUCUGCCUUCCAACAGCGGCUGUCCCGACGGGCGGAGCGGGUGAUUGUGCUGUGCCAGCGCGACUAUGCCCCCUCGGCGGCGGUGGGGACGAAUGACUUUAGCGACGAGAUCCUGGCUCACGGCGUGCAGGGGCUGACCAUCGUGGGGAUCUUCGGCAUCAUCGACCCCCCGCGCCCGGAGAUCCGUGGCACUGUGGCGGCCUGUCGCCGGGCGGGCAUCCGAUUCUUCAUGGUGACGGGCGACUUCGGCCUGACGGCGGCCGCCAUCGCGCGGGACAUUGGAAUCUUCACCGGCACGGCGGAGGCCGACACGGUGACAGACCUCGUGUCGCCUCCCGUCACGUCGGGCGGGGAGAAACAGCCGGCGCUCUCCCGACGCAGUUUGCUGGUGGAAGGCGGGCAGAUCUCAAACCUGCGCGAGGAGGACUGGAACGUGAUCUGCCAGUACGAGGAGAUCGUGUUUGCGCGGACGACGCCGGAGCAGAAGCUGCGGAUUGUGGAGGAGUUGAAGGCGCGGGACAGCGUCGUGGCGGUGACGGGCGAUGGGGUGAACGACGCGCCGGCUCUCCGCGCGGCCGACAUUGGCAUCGCGGUGGUGUCCGGCAGCGACGUGGCGAUCGACGCGGCGGACCUGGUGCUGCUGGACAAGUUCGACUCGAUCGUGGAGGCGAUCCGGCUGGGGCGGCUGGUGUUCCAGAACCUGCAGAAGGUGAUCGCGUACCUGCUGCCGGCGGGCAGCUGGUCGGAGAUCUGGCCGGUGAUCAUGAACGUGUUCUUCGGGGUGCCGCUGCCGCUCAGCUCGUUCCUGAUGAUCAUGAUCUGCGUGUUCACGGACCUGUUCCUGUCGCUGUCGCUGAUCAUGGAGAAGGAGGAGUUCGACCUGCUCAGCCUGCCGCCGCGCCACCACAGGCGGGACCACCUGAUCAACCUGAAGAUCUACGGGCAGUCGUACCUGUUCGUCGGGGUGAUGGAGGCGGUGUCGGCGCACUGCAUGUUCUUCCUGUAUAUGUACCGGCACGCGGGGAUCCCGUUCCACGCGCUGGUGUUCGCGUUCGAGAAGUACUCGGCGGGGUUCUAUGGGUACACGGAGGCGGAGCUGACGCACUUCAACGAUGUCGGGCAGAGCGUGUACUUCGUGACGCUGGUCCUCAUGCAGUGGGGGAACAUCCUGGCGGUGCGCAACAAGCGGCUGUCGAUCGUGCAGGCGGACCCGGUGCGAGGGCAUCGGCGCAACCCGUGGCUGCCGCUGGCGAUGGGGGUGUCGCUGGCGAUCGCGAUCUUCGUGACGGAGGAGCCGGGGCUGCAGCGGCUGUUCAACACGGCGUCGAUCCCGCUGGAGUUCUGGUUCAUCCCGCUGGGACUGGCGAUGGGGGUGCUGGUGAUGGACGAGCUGCGGAAGGUGGUGGUGCGGAUGUUCCCUGGGGGGGUGGUGGCCAGGAUCGCAUGGUGAGUGACGAGGGAGAAAGAAAGAGAAAGAGAGGGAGAGUUGUAGAGAGGAAAGGAAGGGGGCAGAAUCCAGGCAGGCAGGCGGUGGGGAGUUGACCAACUUUCCGCGGUCUUUUUUUUGGUGGUGCUGGGGGAAUCUGCUGCAAACAGCACAAACAGCAUAAACAGCACAAACAAUGCAAAUAGCGCAAAUAGAACAAAGUCUACAAACUGGAACCACCUGAACAACAACCAGCAACUGCCCCCUCGUCUUCUAUGUUUCCUUCUUGUCCUACUUACUUCUACCACGGUCACGAUGACACUUACAAGGCGCCGCAUUCCGCUCCUACAGAUCGAAUGAAAAAAAAAAAAAAAGCUACCAGGCACAGCAAAGAAGAAC